CGGUCACGUGACGCGGCCAACAUGGCUGACGGGGGAGGUGACUGCCCCGCGGGGCCAGAGUCGGAGCCGGAGCCGGAGCCGGGGUCGGGGUCGGCGCCAGAGCCGGCGGAGGACUUCGAGUUCGUGGACCAGAGCCAGCUGCCCGGCCCGGGCGAGCUCCGAGGCGCGGCGAGGCCCCGAGCGGCGGAGGGGUGGUCGGCGCCCAUCCUGACCCUGGCGCGCAGAGCCACCGGCAACCUGUCCGCCAGCUGCGGGAACGCGCUGCGCGCGGCCGCGGGGCUGGGGGGCGCGGACGGCGGCGCGGACGGCGUGGCGCGCGCAGCCUCCAGGUGCCAGAUGAUGGAGGAGCGCGCCAACCUGAUGCACAUGAUGAAGCUCAGCAUCAAGGUCCUGCUCCAGUCUGCCCUGAGCCUGGGCCGCAGCCUGGAUGCCGACCAUGCCCCCUUGCAGCAGUUUUUUGUAGUCAUGGAGCACUGCCUCAAACACGGGUUGAAAGUUAAGAAGAGUUUUAUUGGCCAAAAUAAGUCCUUCUUCGGUCCCUUGGAGCUGGUGGAGAAACUUUGUCCAGAAGCCACAGAUAUCGCCACCAGCGUCAGGAAUCUGCCAGAACUAAAGACUGCUGUGGGAAGAGGCCGAGCUUGGCUCUAUCUUGCACUCAUGCAAAAGAAGCUGGCAGAUUAUCUGAAGGUGCUGAUAGACAACAAGCAUCUCCUGAGCGAAUUCUAUGAGCCUGAGGCAUUAAUGAUAGAGGAAGAAGGGACCGUAAUUGUCGGUCUGCUGGUUGGACUAAAUGUCCUCGACGCCAAUCUCUGCCUAAAGGGAGAAGACUUAGAUUCCCAGGUGGGAGUGAUUGAUUUCUCCCUCUACCUCAAGGACGUGCAGGAGCUGGAUGGCGGCAAGGAGCAUGAAAGAAUCACCGAUGUCCUCGAUCAAAAGAAUUACGUGGAAGAACUUAACCGGCAUUUGAGCUGCACCGUUGGAGACCUUCAGACUAAGAUUGAAGGCUUGGAAAAGACCAACUCAAAGUUGCAAGAAGAGCUUUCAGCUGCAACAGACCGGAUCUGCUCACUUCAGGAAGAGCAGCAACAGCUCCGAGAACAAAACGAGUUGAUCCGAGAGAGGAGUGAGAAGAGCGUAGAGAUAACAAAACAAGACACAAAGGUUGAGCUGGAGACGUACAAGCAGACCCGGCAAGGUCUGGACGAAAUGUACAGCGACGUGUGGAAGCAGCUGAAAGAAGAGAAGAAAGUCCGUCUGGAGCUUGAAAAAGAGCUGGAGUUGCAAAUCGGCAUGAAGACGGAGAUGGAAAUCGCAAUGAAGUUGCUGGAAAAGGACACCCACGAGAAGCAGGACACACUUGUGGCCCUCCGCCAGCAGCUGGAAGAAGUCAAGGAGAUCAACCUACAGAUGUUUCACAAGGUUCAGACUGCAGAAAGCAGCUUACAGCAGAAAGAUGAAGCCAUCACAUGCUUUGAAGAAAAAACCAAGCAAGUGAUGUCCAGCAUGAAGCAAAUGGAAGAAAGGCUGCUGCAGGCGGAGCAGGCGCGGCAGGGCGCAGAGGAGCGCAGCCAGCGGCUGCAGCAGGAGCUGGGCGGCCGCACGGGGGCGCUGCAGCGCCAGCUCUCCCAGCUGCACAACCAGUGCUCAAGUCUAGAGAAAGAGCUGAAAUCCGAAAAAGAGCAAAGACAAGCUCUGCAGCGAGAACUGCAGCACGAGAAAGACAACUCCUCCCUACUCAGAACAGAACUGCAGCAAGUGGAGGGGUUAAAAAAGGAGCUUCGGGAGCUCCAGGAAGAGAAGGCGGAGUUACAGAAGGUGUGUGAAGAGCAAGAACAGGCCCUCCAGGAGAUGGGGCUGCACCUCAGCCAGUCAAAGCUGAAGAUGGAAGAUAUAAAAGAAGUGAAUAAGGCACUGAAGGGUCACGCUUGGUUGAAAGAUGAUGAAGCCACACACUGUAAACAGUGUGAGAAGGAGUUCUCCAUUUCGCGGAGGAAGCACCACUGCCGCAACUGUGGCCACAUCUUCUGCAACACAUGCUCCAGCAACGAGCUGGCCCUGCCCUCCUACCCCAAGCCAGUGCGUGUCUGUGACAACUGCCACACGCUGCUACUACAGCGCUGCUCCUCCACGGGCUCCUAGGGGGCACCAGCCUGGCCUUGCAGCAGCCUGGAAACAGUGCCAAACUCUGAGUCUCAGGGGACAGCUGGUUACACGGAAUCAAAGGGGAUCCCGACCUCCAGGCCUGGCCACUGGCACUGUCUCACAGCAGGUCUUUCCCAGCAUAUGACCUGCCCCCUCCUGGAUUCAGCCUCUUCUCCAGGCUCUGUCACCAGCUUUGGUUCACAAGUAACACCAUGACUUGACUAUUGUCAUUUUCCACUUUUAAAAGGAUUGACCUACUUUCUAGGGGUGUACCAGAAUAGCGAGUCAUGGAAUGUCUUCUCUCCCUGUGCCUUCCCCACUUCAGCUAAGCAGUCUACCUGCCAUCUCACACCCAUAAACAUCUGUGACUGCCCUGCAAUAAAUCAUUUAUUUUUCA